UGGUCUACGUUGUUAUUGGAAUUGUGAUGGAGUUCUUUCGAGCUCUCAUCCAGCGACAGCGUGCAAUUGCAUGGUUUUGGGUGUUAUUACUAGUUUUUGCACAUAACGGGAAAAAGACCAUCUCAGCUUCCAAUUAUUUGGUUGGGCUUGGAAGCUAUGAUAUUACAGGGCCUGCAGCUGAUGUCAACAUGAUGGGAUAUGCCAACUCAGAUCAAACUGCAUCCGGCAUUCACUUUCGAUUGCGAGCACGUUCAUUUAUUGUGGCGGAGCCACAGGGAAACCGUGUGGUAUUUGUAAAUCUUGAUGCCUGCAUGGCCUCACAACUUGUAACAAUCAAAGUCCUAGAAAGGUUGAAGGCAAGGUACGGAAAUUUAUAUACAGAAAAGAAUGUUGCGAUUAGUGGUAUACAUACCCAUGCAGGCCCUGGAGGUUAUUUGCAGUAUGUAGUGUAUAUUGUUACAUCUCUGGGAUUCGUGCGGCAGUCGUUUGAUGUAAUAGUUGAUGGCAUUGAGCAAAGCAUCAUGCGUGCUCAUGAAAACCUUCGUGCUGGAUCAGUAUAUGUGAACAAAGGAGAGAUCUUAGACGCUGGUGUCAAUCGCAGCCCUAGCUCUUAUCUUAAUAAUCCUGCAGCAGAACGCUCCAAGUACAAAUAUGAUGUGGAUAAAGAAAUAACUCUUUUGAAGUUUGUAGAUGAUCAAUGGGGCCCAGUAGGUGCUUUUAACUGGUUUGCCACUCAUGGAACUUCAAUGAGUCGUACAAAUGAGUUGAUCAGUGGGGACAAUAAAGGAACUGCUGCACGCCUCAUGGAAGAUUGGUUCGAUCAGAAAAGUGUUGGAGGAAUUGCUAAUGAAAUCCCACGCAGAGUCUCCAACAUUGUUCCGGGUACCCAAGGAAACCACCAUGAGUUGCUCGAACUUGCCUCUUCUUUUCACUCUGCUUCAGGUAAACCAGUAACCAGGUACUUGAGCAUAGCAGGACGGGUUAGGAGUUCUCUUAGGUCUGCAGAUAGGCCCAAAUUUGUAUCCGCAUUUUGCCAAUCUAAUUGUGGUGAUGUGAGCCCAAAUGUGCUUGGAGCAUUCUGCACAGAUACUGGGCUACCCUGUGACUUUAAUCAUAGUACUUGUGGUGGGAAGAAUGAGUUAUGUUAUGGCCGAGGACCAGGCUACCCAGAUGAAUUUGAAAGCACACGUAUUAUUGGAGAGAGACAAUUCAAAAAAGCUACUGAACUUUUCAACAGUGCUUCUCAGAAGUUGAAUGGAAAGAUUGAUUUUCGUCACACUUAUUUGGACUUCUCACAACUUGAGGUUACGCUUCCUAAACAAGGAGGAGGGAGUGAGACUGUUAAAACAUGCCCUGCUGCAAUGGGAUUUGCAUUUGCGGCUGGUACCACUGAUGGACCUGGGGCUUUUGACUUUAAGCAAGGAGACGACUCUGGGAAUGCAUUUUGGAAGUUGGUGCGGAAUGUGCUCAAAACCCCAAGUAAGGAGCAAACAGACUGUCAACAGCCAAAACCUAUCCUGCUUGAUACUGGGGAAAUGAAGCAACCAUAUGACUGGGCGCCAUCAAUUCUCCCAAUUCAAAUACUAAAGAUAGGGCAGUUGGUGAUUCUCAGUGUUCCUGGAGAAUUCACAACUAUGGCCGGGAGGCGUCUCCGUGAUGCUGUUGGUGCUGUUUUUAAAGAAAAGGUCCAGGUUGUGAUAGCAGGUCUGACUAAUACCUACUCUCAAUAUGUUACUACCCUUGAGGAGUACAAGAUGCAAAGAUACGAGGGAGCUUCGACUCUUUACGGUCCACAUACUCUCAGUGCCUACAUUCAGGAGUUCACAAAGCUCGCUACAGCCAUUGUCUCUGGAAAGCCUGUCGAAGCAGGUCCACAACCACCGGAUCUAUUAAACAAGCAGAUAAGCCUGCUAGCACCUGUGGUGGUGGACUCCACCCCAUUGGGUGUCGGCUUUGGGGAUGUCAGUACUAACAUCCCUCGUAAUUCCACUUUCAAGAAAGGUGACACUGUGAGCGUUGUUUUUUGGUCGGCAUGUCCUCGAAAUGAUCUCAUGACCGAAGGCACGUUCGCUCUAGUGGAGUUGCUUCAGGGACAAGACACGUGGGUCCCGGCCUACGAUGACGAUGAUAUCUGCCUUCGUUUCAAGUGGUCAAGGCCUUCGAAACUCAGUGCUCAGAGUCAUGCCACUAUAGAAUGGCGAGUCCCACAAUCGGCGGUGCCCGGGGUUUACCGAGUGAGUCAUUUUGGUGCAUCGAAGAGUCUGUUCGGAUCGAUUAGCCAUUUUACGGGGUCAUCAAAUGCUUUUGUGGUCAAAUAAUUCUUAGGCUAUUUGAAGUCGUUUGGGAAGCAUAAAUUCAUUGUACAAGGACGAAUGUAUCAUGUAAUUUAUGUGUUUAUACAACAGCCAUAUUAGAUAUAUCAAAAAACAUUUCCACU